GAAGGGCGUACCCGCGCGACAAGGAGGACGGGGGGCGAGCGACGAAGAUUCCAUGGCGGCCAGUUACCCGUAUGGACAGGGCUUCCCUGGAAAUGCAGGACAGGCUCCAGGAGCUCCUCAAGGCAGCUAUCCUGGUGGACAGUAUGGAGGUGGACUGCCUUCCGGGGGAUCAUAUGGGAGCCCAGCACCUGGAGGCCCAUAUGGACCACCACCACCCAGUGGAGGACCCUAUGGAUACCCUUCCUCUGGCCCUCCGGGUGGAAUGUAUGGGGGUGGCCCCGUCCCAGGAGGGUCAUAUGGACAGCCUACUAAUCCCUAUGGUGCUCCCCAACCUGGGCCCUAUGGGGCAGGUGGUCAUGGAGGCCACAUUCCCCCCGGUGUGGAUCCAGAAGCUUUCUCUUGGUUCCAGACUGUAGAUGCUGACCACAGUGGAUACAUCACAACUAAGGAGCUCAAGCAGGCCCUUGUCAACUCCAAUUGGUCUGCUUUCAGCGAUGAUACUUGCUUGAUGAUGAUGAGUAAGUAAUGAGUAAUUCUUUUGGGGUAAAAGAAUUUAUACUCAGCGUGGUGAAAAGCAUGUGGGGGCCCUGUAAUACUGUAGGUCUGAUUCUCCAUCAAGAGUUUCUGGAGCUAUUCUCUACUAGGAUGAGGCCGUCAGAAGAUCAAGUACAUCCGCUC